AUGGUAAUUGCAAGACCAGACGUUAACCUUUUUCAUGAAGUAGCAAAACUUCCUUCUGAAGUUGUUGCUAUAAUUCUUGGUUAUUUACCAAACUGUAUGUUACCAGAGUUAUUAUAUUUCUCACCUAUUAAAAAGAUCGUAGCUUCGACAAUUCUAUCAAAUGUACAUAUAACCGAAAUUUUCGAGAAACACGAAGGUAGUGAUGUGCCAGGUGUUGGAUACUCCGAAUGCGACUGCAAUAUGUUCAGAAUCACACUUGAAAAUUUGAAGAAAGGCAUUGACAAGUGGAACAUAUAUCCAAAAACCAUCAAGACGGAAUUCACAGAUCUGUUUGAAAUUGGUUGGGAUGUGUUCUCUAAACUUUUAACAAAGGCACUGAGUAUUUAUGGCUUUUUUGUGGGGACUUCGAACUAUCCUCCUGAAGAAUUGUUUGAACUCUUGAUGGAUUCCAAUGUUAAGUUUGAAUCCCUACAUUUGAUGUAUUUUCUCACUCCAGUCAAAUUACCCCCCGUCGCUACAAGUGUUACAUUACAUCAAAUUAAAUUGGAUACUUAUGUAAUUCCCGGUGUAAAACAAUUGAUUUUGCGUACUAAAUCUAUUAAUCAAGAAAGAACUAACUUUACCUUUUCCCCUGAUUUGGAGGAUUUGAGAAUUGAAGCUGGCCUGAAGAUGUAUGUGAAUUUACCUCCAAAUUUACAGGAACUAUAUAUUUCAUCUACAAAAACGGUAAAUUUCAGAUCUGAAGAAAUGCUCAAAUUAAAGCAUUUAGAGCUUCAGUUACCAACUAUUCAAUCAUUUGAGGAAACUGGGAUUAGAGCUCCAAAUUUGGAAAAGUUGGUUUUGAGUACUUGUGAAGAGUUGGAUUGUUUUGAUAAUUUGAAACAGUUUCAGCAUUUGAAACAUUUGGUUUUGAACAAUUGUACAUACCCGACUAAUUUGCUUAAGCAAAAAUCCUUUCCUAUGCUAGAAAGUUUCCAAUACAGUGGAACGUAUUUUCCGAACUUAGAUAAGAUGGACAUAGUAACAUUAACUUCUCCUUCAACUUUAAAAAUGUUGAUCGUUGCCAAUCAUGGGUUUCUGCAUGUUUUUCUUGACACUUUACUGCUUCCAGCUACAUUGACAUAUUUGAAACUUGUCAAUGUAGUCUAUAAUGAUGAUGAUGGAUAUUUUCAUUUGGGUGAGAAUUUGCAAUAUGUUCACAUUGAGUCAUUUAAGCUUGCAUUUGAUAGAAACUUCAGAAUCCCACAUAAGGUUGAAUUCUUUUUGGUUGAGGCUUUUGAUUUAUACUUUGACAGUCUGGAUUUUAUGUAUCAUUUGCCAAAUAGUCUUAUAUAUCUAACCUUGCUUGCCCACGAGGGAGGAGAGAUGCACCUUACCAAUCAAAGAAUUAAAUGGCCCUCAAUGGUAGACAGUAUUGUUCUAGAUGGGUUUAAUAUUGAUUAUCGUACAUUAAUAUCAUUGAACUUCAACGAAUCUAGACUUGAAACGAUUAGAAUUUGUGGAGGUAAUAUUAAGAAAUUAGAUGUUGAUCUUUUCCCGGUCAGUGUUAAAGAUCUUGCUUUAAUGGACAUGGGAAUUCAAGAAUUGCCUGCUUCAUUUGAGAAGUUAGAGAACUUACACAGAUUGUGUUUAGCAAAAAAUCGAUUAAAAAAAGUGAAUUCUGUUAAGUUACCGAUAUCGUCAUUGCGGGUCUUAGUUCUACGUAAAUGUGAUCUUCGUUUGAUAUCACCAUUUUUAGUUUCAAUGGUCGAGGAGGAGAAUAGGGAUGCAAAGCUAAAGGUAGAAGCUACAGGAAAUUCGAACAUUAAUGUUAUUGAUGUGAGGAAACUGUUGAAAGCAAUAAAAGGGCUCUCGUUAGAUAUAAACUGUGUUGAUGAAGCCUUGAAUAGAAUCUCUGACAACUCUACUCGUUUCAGCUGCUCAUCUAGGUUGCCUGAUCCGUAUUCUGAAGAAUCCGGAUUCUCUGAAACAGAAGAAGUGGUGGUCUCUGACUAUGAUUCAGAUGGCCUUUACAAUGGAAGCGUGUUUAGUCCGGAUGAGGACGAUAGUGAUGACGAUGAUGAUGAUGACGACGACGAUGAUGACGAUGAUAAUGAUGACGAUGAUGAAGAUCAUAAAAGACGAAGAAUCUGUUGA